AUGGCGAAAAACCAUCUGGGUCUCUCUGAAUUCCCUCAUUCAUCAUCGAUGGACCACUCUUCAUCUUCUACAUCCAUCAUCACUAGUAGCACACCCUUCUUAGAAACUCCAAAACAUCCGUCUCCAAAACCACACAAAAAAACCAUAGUGAAAACAUUAAUGGGAGCUGCAAACUUCACCUCCUCUUCCUUCAAAGAAGACACCUAUUUCGUCUCCCACCUCAAAUCCUCAGAGAAGAAAGCUUUACAAGAGUUCAAGAAAAGGCUCUUAGCAUCAAAGGAAAUCAACAACAGUGCUUCCAUGUGGGGUGUGUCCUUACUUAAUGGCAAUGAUGCUGCUUCUGCUGACGUGGUGCUCUUGAAGUUUCUCAGAGCUAGAGACUUUAGAGUCAGUGAUGCUUACACCAUGCUUGUGAGAUGUCUUGCAUGGAGAAAAGAGUUUGGUGCUGAGAAUAUUCUGGAUGAGGAACUGGGAUUCAAGGAGCUUGAAGGGGUUGUUACUUACACUCAUGGUUAUGAUAGAAAAGGACACCCUGUGUGUUACAAUCAUUAUGUUGUGUUUAAGGAUAAGGAUUUGUAUGAGAGGAUUUUUGGUGAUGGAGAGAAGCUCAAGAGGUUUUUGAGAUGGAGGGUUCAAGUUCUUGAGAGAGGAAUCAAGCUUUUGAAUUUUAAGCCUGGUGGGGUUAAUUCCUUGAUUCAAGUUACUGAUCUUAAGGAUAUGCCUAGGAAAGAGCUAAGAACUGUUUCCAAUGAGAUUCUCACAUUGUUUCAGGAUAAUUAUCCUGAAAUGGUUGCUCAUAAGAUAUUCAUCAAUGUGCCAUGGUAUUUUAGCAUCUUGUAUUCAAUUUACUGUCCGUUUCUGACUCAAAGAACUAAGAGCAAGUUUGUGAUCUCUAAGGAAGGAAAUGCAACAGAAACACUCUACAAAUUCAUAAGGCCUGAGAAUAUUCCUGUUCAAUAUGGAGGAUUGAGUCGGCCUAAUGAUUUUCAAAAUGGUCCCCCAAAGCCAGCUUCUGAGUUCAGUGUUAAAGGAGGAGAAAAAGUGAACAUACAAAUAGAAGGAAUCGAGAAUGGUGCAAGAGUCAAGUGGGAGAUUGUUGUUGGAGGCUGGGAAGUACAAUACAGUGCUGAAUUUGUGCCAAAUGCAGAAGGUAGCUACACUAUAGCAGUUGAUAAGGCAAGGAAAGUUGAUGCAUCAGAGGAAGUAAUUGAGAGUUCAUUUACAUCAAAAGAAGGAGGCAUAAUAGUACUCACAGUUGAUAACUCUGGUUCAAGGAAGAAAAAAGUUGGUGCUUAUCGCCAUGUUGUCUGCAAAUGCAACAACACUAAUACAGGAUCUGAUAAUAUGCAAUUAAUUGUGUAUUAG